AUGGAGGAGGCGAAUCAGACUGAGACGAUCCGCUUCCACUUCCGCCCCUUCUCCAAACUCCCCGAGGUGCAGAUGCUGAUUUUCGUGACCUUCCUGAUUAUGUACCUGGUCAGCAUCAGCGGCAACAGCUCCAUUGCUCUCAUCAUCUGGAUCUACCGUUCCCUCCACACCCCCAUGUACUUCUUCCUGGCCAGCCUGGCCGUCCUGGAGAUCUGCUACUCCUCUACCAUUGCCCCUCUCACUCUGGCCAGCAUCCUGUCCACGGAGAAAACCCUCAUCUCCCUGCCUGGCUGUGGUGCCCAGAUGUUCUUCUUCAUAUUCCUGGGCAGUGCGGACUGCGUGCUGCUGGCCAUCAUGGCCUAUGACAGGUUUGUGGCCAUCUGCCACCCUUUGCAUUACACCCUCAUGAUGAGCUGGCAGUUGUGUGCCCGACUGGCUCUGGGCUCUCUGGCGCUGGGCUUCAUCUUGGCCAUGCAGCUGACUGUGCUCAUCUUCCGACUCCCCUUCUGCAGCAGCAAGGAAGUCGGCAUGUUCUAUUGUGAUGUCCUUCCCGUCAUGAGAUUGGCCUGUGCGGAUACCCGGGUCCACGAGGCCACUUUGUUUGUGGUUGGUGUCACUGUCCUCACCAUACCCUUCCUGCUCAUCACCCUCUCCUAUGUCUUCAUUGUGGCCGCCACCCUCAAGAUCCGCUCCGCAGAGGGGAGGCACAAGGCCUUCUCCACCUGCUCCUCCCAUCUGACCGUGGUCCUGCUCCAGUACGGAGGUGGGAGCCUCAUCUACCUGUGCCCCAGCUCCAGCUACUCUCCAGAGUGGGGCCAGGUCGUGUCUGUGGUUUACACAUUCAUCACCCCCAUGCUGAACCCCUUGAUCUACAGUCUGAGGAACAGAGAGCUUAAGGAUGCUCUGAAAAGAGCAACGAUGAGGUUCCUGCCGUCCUAA